GGCAUUUUAAAUUUGUCUCUUGAACGAAGCGUACACAUUCACAGCAGCGAAGGGAAAUAGUUGCGCGCAUAAACGCAACGCGAUUAGUGUAACAUUUUUUUUUUCAUUCAACAACGAGUUAAACAUCUCAGUUUUAAAAAAAAAUUCUUUCAUGUUUGGUAACAAACAGUACUGCCACAAAACGAUAUCCGAGAAAUUGGCGGUUUUUAAAGUGCAUUUGUAAAACGAAAGUGUCGAGCAAGAAGGGAAAAAAAGCAACCACGAACGAAAAUAAAAGAACUUGUGCAUCGACGAUAAAAGUCAAGAGCGAAAAAAGAAAGAAACUCUGAAGAGAUAGACGUGUCGAAUAGAAAUAUUGCAAACGGACAGCAGCUGUAGAAGUGUGCAUCGGUGCUACAUUUCACUUGAUACAUUAAGGAAAGUGACUUCAUCCGGAUGUCAGACCAUUUAUUUUCGGGCUAGACACGCAAAAUCACGGUGCUUCGCGUAUUAUCUGCAAAGUGCAUCUGAAUACGAAAUAUCGUGUAGUACUAGCAAUUGAGAGGAAAAACGACCGCGCUGGUCUCACUGUUUUGUUUGUAACAAACAAUUCGAGAUUCGACCGCGAGAUUUUAACACAGACAUUGAAUCAAAUCUGCAGAGACUAAAACUGAGCUCGAACUUGAAAUUCCCUCGUUGUUAAGAGAUUUUCGAGUGUAAAACCAAAAAAUAGACAUAGUGACUGGAGUAGAUAGAGAACAUUUUCGUACGUGAUAGUGUGAAAUCGAGCGCCAUCAACAUUAUUUUGGAUAUAAAUUGUGUUGGAAAAAUCAACCCCCCCCCCCCAAAAAAAAAUGGCAUUUCGAGCAAUUGUACUAGUUUGCGCAUUGGCUUUGCCAAUGACCAACGCAGUAAUUAACACAAAAUCCGACACGAUGAAACUCGAACGGCGUGAAGCUCCAUUCGAAACAUAUGGUCCACCGGAGAUACAACCACAGCAGCAAACAAUUGUUUUGCCAACACCAGUUUAUGGAGCACCAUCCAUAGCCAAAUACCCACCACCUCCACCAGAACGACCGCCAUUGCCGCCAACACCAUCCAAGGAAUAUGGCGUGCCGGUGCUUCAAUACGGACCACCAAAGGUGCAAAUAGAAUACGGCCCACCUCCGCCAGCUCAUUCGCAUCAGCAAAUUCAAACCAAUAAUCAUCAUCAUCAUCAGGUUAUAAAUCAUAGCAGCCAUAACAGUCACAAUAGUUUAUCAUUGUUCGAUCAAAUCAAAGAAACCCUUGGAUUUGGUAGCAGCGGAUCGUCAAGCCAUGUACCACAUUCGUCAUAUGGACCACCGCAAUCGUCAUAUGGACCACCAAAAACAUCAUAUGGACCUCCACCUCCUAGCCAUUACAUUCCACCAAAAGUGCACACAAAAUACGGAGUGCCACCGAAAUCAUACUUCAUUUCCAAACCACCUACAUCUUACGGUCCACCACAACCUAAGCCGCACACAAGCUAUGGUUCACCGAAGCCGCAAUAUCAAGCACCACCAUUUAAAGCAUACUACGGUCCUCCACUCAAACCAGCCGUUAGCUUCAAGCCACAACAGUCAUAUGGACUGCCACCGACUCCACUUCGUCAACCUCUUCCUGCCUAUGGACCACCCACUGUGCAAGUGCAAGUGCAACAAACAUUGCCAGCAAUCCCUCAAGCACCUUCCUAUCCUGCACACAUUUCACAUGGACCAUCAUUCCCGCAACCAAUCAAAGGUGCCGGAUGCGACGGAUGGAAACCAAUUCCAGGCCCAUUACAACAAGGUUAUGCCAACAGCAAUACAGCAACAAUUGAAUCAGUCGCACCGGAAAAUAGUUACUUGCCACCCAUUUCGUCAAACACGUUGCAAAUAGAAACUGUAAUACCCGAAAAUAGCUAUCCUCCACCUGUAUCGUCUAACACUCUACCGGUUGCAGAUACUACGCUCACAGUUCAGCCACUUCCAACCAAUCUUCAAUUGCCAGUUGCUGAAGCACCAAACUUCCACAACGAUGCCAAUUUGGGAUCGCUAGGAUCAGACAUUGCCUCUGGUUUGGGAUUAACCAGCAUUAACGUUGUGAAAAGCGAAGGAAUCGAGCUUUCAAACAACUUCAUUCAAGAUUCGUACUCAUUGCCACCCGCCGAAUCAUUUGCACCAGAUUUCCAUAGAAGACCAGCAAGUGGCCUAACACCGCCCGGUUCUUAUCCAUACAGUGGUUCGUCUAGCUUCAAACAAUAUCCAAUUCAUGUGAGCGCACCAAGACAUCCCGUUUCAUUCCGGCCACCAGUGCCACAAGGAUUGCUUGAAUCAAUUGGUCAAUCCGUUAAACAUCAAGAUCAAUUCGGUAUCAAAUUGCGACCACAAUCAAGUGUUUAUCUACCUCCACCAACCAAUGAAGUGCCACCACCACCAGCAGGUCUUGAAACAUUGCCAUUAGCUCCAGCCGCACCAUUCCAUCCGGAUACACCAAAAGCAAAUAAUUUCGACCAUCAAUUCGUGUAUGCACCAUCACAGUGUAGCCAUGGUCCAAAUUUGGCUGGCGGAUCAUAUUCCUUUGGCUCAAAUCCAUUUGGAUCGAUCCCACAGUUGCAAACUGCUUAUGGUGUUCCAAAUCAAGCAUUGGAUGUGAGUCAAUCAAGCAGUUUUGAAAUCGUUCAAAAUGCCGGUUCACAAGGAUUAUUGACAAGUUAUGGUCCACCCGCAUCGGGCGCUGUUUCGAGUGGUGCAUCAUCGGGCUUUGACUCAUUCAUCAAUACACACGAAGAACAUUCGCCGUCCUCAAGCUACGGUCCACCACCAUCUGGCAAUCCAGCCGAUUCAUUUGCACAUGGCAGUCAAAAAUCACUAACCACCGUUCAAAUCGACAGCAUUAGUAACAAUAACUCGACGGCUAACACAACCGAUUCACAACAAUAUUCCGAAUUGCCAGGCCUAUCAAAUGCUGGCCUUAACAUAAUUUCGGCACAAAAAUCCAUACCAAUCGAAAUACCAGUUCAAGGUCAACUUGGUUCAUACUCAUUGCAAUUCCAAGCGGCCGAUCCAUUAGCUAGUCAACAUAAUGAAAUAGACACACCGGACCAUCAGCGAUUGCUGAGCGAAGGAUUGUUGCAAUCCAUUUUGUCAGCCAUCGAACAGCCCAAAGGCAAUGAAACACCACAAUCCACAUUCGACUCAACGAAAGAGAACUUAGAUAACCAUCCGGAAGUCGGUAAAUUUGUAAAAAGUGCUGUUGGUCAUGAAACGCUAGCUGAAGUUGAAGCCGAGUAAAAAAAAACGGUGUUUUUCAUUCUGGAACCGAGUUAGAAUUGCUAAUAAUACGUCCUAUUGAAUAAAAGAAAAUGUGAAUGUGUGCGGAACAGAAAAUCAACAGAGAAAAAUUCAGCUUAAAUUAUUCUAAAUGUUUAAAAUAAAGAAAACAAUAGCAAUUGGGAGAUAAAAAAAAAGAAAACUCAAUGUGAAUGCGGAGAGUGAACGAAUGAGUGAAUCGAGCGAAUGUGUGUGCGAAUGUAAGAUUGCAAGAGUUCAAAAACCAAUUUAUUUAUUUUCUUCUAACCAUUUUUUACAUUUUAUUUAGAAAUAUUUUAUUAAAUGGGGACACAUUGUAUCUUAGAUGUUUACGUACUAUUUCAGCCGUUAUGGAGAAGAAAAAAAAGAAGGAAGCGUAGAAGGUAGUUGAAACGAAGACAACAAUUGUAGUUUUUACGGUUGCCAUAAAUUUAGAAGAGUUAUUAUUGUAAAUGCAAACUGCAAGUGAGUAGCAUUUAUUUAGGAACGGUGCAGGCAUUUACAUAUGCACACACACGGAAUCGAUGCAGCGAACGUGGUCAGUCACUGGUCAAGCGUGUACUAACGAAUAGGAGAGUUUAUUUGUAAUAAUUGGAAUUGUAUUUGUUUUUGUUUGGUUUUGUGCAAGUGAACAAUUAGGUAAAGAAAUCAAUUGUCCAUUUUAUACCAUUUUUGGUACGGCCUCUGACUUCGGCCGCCACGCAUCGGGUUUUGUCCUCAUUUUAUUUCAUCAAUAUAUUUUUUUAGAAAAAUUUUUACUCAACGAAACAGAAGAAACGCAUGCUUGAAAUUAUCGAAGAGCAAGCGUAAAACACAGCAAACGUGUACAUGGUAUAUUAGGUUAUAAGACUGUUAAUAUUAAAUUAAUUCGUGUUGUAGAUUUAUGCGAUAAAAAUACAUAAACUUCAAUUGAAUAAAGAACAAAAAAGUACCGAAAAUUAUGAAAAAA